AUGAUAAACUCUACACAGGGUUUGUUUUUUACACUUGACGCCUACUUUGACACUGGACUGCUCAAAUACUUAUAUUUCAUAAUUGUAAUGUUUCUCUACAUGUUGAUUCUUUGCUCCAACCUCCUGCUGAUUGUGGUUAUCUGUGUGAACAGAAGCUUACAUGAACCUAUGUACAUGUUUCUGUGCAGCCUGCUUGUAAAUGAACUGUAUGGUAGUACAGGGUUGUUUCCAUUGCUGCUGGGUCAGAUCCUCUCUGACAUUCACACUGUCUCUGCUUCAGCUUGUUUCCUGCAGAUUUAUUGUGUACACGCUUAUGGAGGUGUAGAAUAUUUAAACUUAGCCGUCAUGUCUUAUGACAGAUAUCUUGCUAUCUGUUAUCCUCUGCAGUAUAACACACGUAUGACAUCUACCAAGAUUAUCAUGUUGAUCGCUGUAUCAUGGCUGCACCCUUUUUUUGCAUGUGUUGUCAUGAUAUUUAUGACUUCCUCUUUACAGCUGUGUGGAAACAUCAUUAACAAAGUUUACUGUGAUACCCACUCUGUAGUCAAGCUGGCAUGCUUUGACACCAAAGUAAAUAACAUUUAUGGACUCACUGCCACAUUUGGGGCAAUCUUUGGUGCUUUAAUUUUAAUUAUUUACACUUACGUGAACAUAUUUAAAGUGUGUUUUUCUGGUUCUAAACAGACCAGACAGAAAGCUGUCAGUACCUGCACACCUCACCUUGCUUCCCUCCUGAACUUCUCUGUUGGAGCGAGCUUUGAAAUAUUACAGAGCAGGUUUAAUAUGAGCGGUGUGCCCAACAUGUUGCGCAUCUUUUUAUCUUUAUACUUUCUAACAUGUGCUCCACUCUUCAAUCCUUUAAUGUAUGGCCUGAAUCUGUCCAAAAUCCGUGUCACAUGUAAAAAUCUGAUUGCAAAUGUUCUCCGUCAAGGUUAA